AUGGCCCUCCGUCUCCGUCGUUCAUCCAGUCGCGUCGGAUAUCUCUCCCAAGAGCCGCCGCCGCACUCCAAGCCAAGAUGGUUCCCCUCCGACGAAGUCCCUCCGACCAGACUCUCCUCUCCCCUUGAAGCAGCGAUCUCCUCCGUCUCGGGUUCUCGAUUUUCAGCCGGAGUUGUUACCGGCGAGUCUCUUCACUCUGACCUCUCGGAUUCUUCCUUUGGAAUCUUCAUGGCUAGUCGAUUUGCUGUGCUCUCGAUCCUCUCGCCCAAAGCCUUGGGCUUGACCGCGAGUAACUCUCAUCUACGGAUGAUACUUUGUCCGGUACCGAGAGAGCCUCCAGAGCCGCCUAUUCCACCGGAUCCGCCGCCUUUCUCUUGCUUAAGCAUUCUCGAUUCACAUAUGCAUUAUUGUACCGCUUUUCUUGCCAAUUUGGGCAUGUCCUUGCCGAGCUCGUUAAAAUCGUUUUCCUCCACAUCGAGCGUGGAAAGACCACUUUCCCUUCACUAUGCUUCAUUCCAACAUUGCACACUGCCUUCAAGCCUCUCUUCCAUCAGAGGCGUCGAUUAA